GAAGCUCCACACACCUGUAGGUGUUUGAGACAUCACCGGCCAAGGGAGAAGUAAAAUAUAAGCAGACCAUAAUCAGCAGAAGAAUGAUGACAAACAGAAGUGUGCAACAGUAAGAAGAUGCCUUUUUGUUUGUGAAGCCACUCAAGUUUUUGUUAAGACUUUAUUUUUCAGCAAUCAUAAAUAGAAGCAUAGCUAAAAUCCUACAUGACCACAUUUCUUCAGUCCACAGGCGUGAGCUAAAUGACGUCACAGAGUUAAUCAGGCAAAUAUAUUAACAAAAAACAGGUAUGGCAGUUUCUUUGUGUGAGAAAUGAACAAAUGUGAACAAAUGAUUGAACUGACAAAUAUGUUUAGUGGCAGGCUAAAUGGAGAACUAUCGAUGCUACAACAUGUAAUACUUUUGACAUGUUACAUGUUUGUCUUUAUUAAAUAAAAUGGGAGACCGGGAGAAAUGGGAGCCAGCAACCACUGUGACGAGAACUAAAAGUAUCAAUAUGCAGGGCCAUCAGGAUCCAAAGUAGUACUCUUGCUAAUGUAGUGCACUAUGGCUUUAAAUGGAGUAAGAGCAGGUUGACAGCAGGCUGAUGUUGAUGUGUGUCAACCAAAAAAUUGAAUGACAUGAGAAGCAUUUUUGAAACUUUUUACUGAGCAUAUAUUGAAACUUAAAUUGCUAAUCAUCAGUGUAUUUCAUGUAUUAUUGGGCCACAUAGAAAACUCUCUGAUCUGUACAGAUGUGCACUGCAGCAGCUCUCUCACCGAACAGCUGAGAUAGAACGAGUCAGGUAAAUCAGACAGAAAGAGACCUGUUUUCACAGUCUCUACCUGUCAGGCUGCACAGGGGAAUUGAGAAGGAUAGACCUUCAAAUGCUCCAAUAAAACACUGUAAUCAAGGCAGACAUUUCACCAGCACCAAUACACAACCCAAGUGUUAAAAUAACAAUUAGUGCAGAAAUAGGGGAGGGGUGAUUAUGAAUUCCUUUCAGGAAGGGUCUUAGCAGUAAGCUGGGAGGCGGUGGGGAGAUGUCGGGGAGUCAUGCGGCUUAGAGAUGGGGGGGGCAGCAGUUUUUGCAAUCAGCAUUAAAUAGAGCAGUUUUGUGCCUGUGUGAUUGUCAAGUGGGCCAUUACUGGUUGAUAAGAGCACUUUUUCCUUAUGUGGCUCUGAUUGGGCUGAGCAUGCUGCUCCCUCUCGCAUGCUGUCCCAGUGCAAUCAGGCCCCUCUUUUACCGCACUGCCAUUUUCACUGCUGUGAUUUCCACCCAAUCCCCCAUCGGCCCCCAGCCAACCCAACUCCACCUCAGCCUCCCCCAAACCCUCCUCAUCCUCUCCUCCAGCACCCCACCUCCCCCUUCAGAUGAGUACCCAUUUACAGCAAGGAGAAAAGGUCAUGCCAAACUCGUUGUGUCAAUUGUAAACCACCCCAAUUCUCACUGAUUUCAAUGAAAUAAAUGAGGAGGUGCAGCCCCCAGAGAAAGCAAAGGUCCACGGGGAAGUGAGAAAUUAGGAGAUGUUCAUAGAGGUUUGCUGGGACCAAAUGCUCAGCGCGUCUCCGGCGAGAGACUCUCCCACAUUCUUCUUUCUGACUGUAUGUAGACACCCUGUGUGUCCUUUCAAAUGUUACUACUGAAAGUAAAACGAUUUUAAAAGUUUACCAUUGCCAACUAAUGGGUAGGUAUAAAAAUCUAAUACCUACUAAAAAAGUUUAAAUACCUCAAUAAUCAUCCUCAUUAUAUAUUGUCUGUCUCAAGAUCGUGUUAUUUAGAGGUGUGAGCUAAUAAUAAAUAAUCUGUCAAACAGAAUUGAUUGAUGCUCAAUUUCCUCUUUUUGUCGUAGUCUGUAAUAGUUUAAUGAUAUUCCCCCUUUCUCAGAAAAAUCAUCUGCUUUGUUAAAAAAUAUGAUCCAAAUUUAUCAUUCAACCCAAGUUUAAAAAAAGCUGGGACACUGUAAAAAAAUGUCAACAAAUACAAAUAUUGAUGAUCAUUUCAAUUAUUUAAACCCCCUGUUUAAAUGAAAACACACUAAAGACAACACAUCUGAUGGUGAAUCCAAAAACUGUUACUGUUUUCUGCUUUUAUAAAAUUUGAUGCCAGCAACCUGUCGAACAAAAAGUUUUGCAGUGGCGUGCUUCGUGUUGUGUCACACUGACUUUCUUCAACACUGUAAAUAUUUAGGAACCAAUGAGAUCACUUUCUAGAGCUUUUGAAGUGAAAUAUUGUCCCAUUAUUGUCUUAUACAGGAAGUCAGCAGCUCCACUGUUUGGGGUCUCUUUUGUCAAUGAUUUUAUUUUAUGAUGGGCAAAAUAUCUUCACUAGAUGACUAGUCAGGCUGGUCAUUUUACCCAUUAUGGACCUUUGCUGUUUCAUGCAGAAUGAAUUCAUGUAGAGUAAAGUGUAGAAUUGUCUGAAUAGCAGCAUAUAUCCCUCCAAAAACCUGUUUGUAUCAUUGGCAUCAGUGAAUUCCAAACAGAAAGUCAAAUUUUGAUUUGUCAGGCCUCAGUCUAUCUAAACAGCGUCCGGAUCAGGUUUAAAUACAGUGUCUUUUUGUAUGAUAUAUUUUAAGUCUGAAUUUGAGACAAUGGUUUUGGGUGGUGAUUUUUUUGCCAAUCCAGUGAUUUCCACUGCAGAGUCACAGCUACUUUAAGGCAGUGUUGUCCAAGGACCUGAUAAUAAGUGCCAUGCAGUAUUCAUGCCAAAGUUGUGCCAUUGCCUUUUCUAAAUUUGGGUAUAAUUUCUGUCUACAAACAUAUUAUGAAAUUAUUUUCUCCCCAAAUACUGAACACUUUUCUUUGCCUCAAACAAGACCAGCAAACUUGAUGAAGUUUGCAGAAUUUAGGAAUGACUAAGCAUCUUGUAUUUUAUCUGGGUCCCCCAUGAAGUCCAUCGUAGAGAAACAAAUGCCACAAAGAAAUUAUAUUUUUAUGUGGGAUCUUAAAGCUCCUGUGAGGAACUUUAUUUUAAUGUAUUUUUUGGUAUCCCAUGUGGACCAAGUGAUACCUCUCUAUCAUUUAUUUUCAGAUCUUUUCUUACCUUACCUCUCAUUUUUUCGUAAGUAGUGCCUCCUGACCUUAAAUCUCGUCCUGCUGUCUUUCAACAGUAAAACUCAUCACACCGUGAAUACUUGUUGCGGUGGGUUUGACUAAGAAAUUAUGCAAAUUAGGCAAUGGCGUCAUCUAGCGACUUCUAGCCACUUUUAUGACAGUCACCGGUGACUUCCCUCACUGAGGAGUUGGCAACACUAGAAGGAAAAUCUUUUCAAUGGAAUAGCAACAACCAGUGAAGCAGCUUUUGUUACAUUCAUUGUUCCUUUUGGUUGCGUAACCCUCCAGCGUACACACAAUGCACUUUGGCGUCUUUCUAUGCUGAUCACUAACCCUAAUCCAGCCUCUCACAACUAAUAAUGGAGUAUUUAUAGAACAGUCUGCAUGUACAGCACUAGCACCACACACACACACAAACACACGCGCACACUCACAGACAUACAGCUGCUGCGCGGAGGAACAAGUUUAGAGGUGUGCUGACAGAUGAGACGUUGUUUUUGUCUGGUCCACAUCACGCAAAACAUUUAGCAAGUCAGCCAUGCAACAUGGAAAACAAAAACAUACAACUGUUACACUCUCAGAUUUACAUCUUUCCUAACUUCUGCACACUUAUCAGGUUUUCUGCAGAUGGUGCAGGGGAGUGAUAACGACUUUUAUGUCUGAGAGAGGAGUUUUAUUACCAUGACAAAGCACUUGACAUAUUUUAUAUGUUUUGCUGCGUUGUAUCCCUACUUUGACCUUUCACCUUCUCAUCUCAGACCACAUCAAAACAGCAGCUUUUCAGGACGUCUUUUCUUCUUCUGCAAGACUGUUGCAGAAACAAGGAUUCAUAGAGGAGUGGUUGUCUCAGACGCUCCUGUGUUGAACUCUCUGCUCCACAGCAUGAAAUGUUUGAUAUGUUUUAUCUGAUAAAGAGCAUUCAUCUCCACCAGCUGGAACAGGACACAUCUCGAUGGAGGCACGCUAACUCCUUUAUCUCAAUGCGAUGGUGCGAUACAGACGCAGACUCAUGCUGCUGCAGGUUGGACUGUUAUCUAGAGGACAGAAAAUGGCUUUUCUCACCGUUUGUAUGUGUGUGGCUGUAGGAGCAGAAAGGUGUGUGUGGUAUGAUGAUAAGUGGGGUUGCGUGAUGUGCUAAAAAGAAUCAAGGAAACAAGAUUGCAACUGUGGCUUUUCUCUCAAGGAACCCAAAGAGUUUGUCUUUUAGAUUUCUGUUUAUGAUCCUUUUGAAGUAUCUUAACUUCCUCAUUAAAAGAACGAUUCAUCUCUCUCAUUCGGUUAAUGUGAUUUGCAUACUGACGUAAAAGCAGGUGGUGCUGUACUGAGCUAUGUAAUUUAGUGAAACUGAAAAAUUGCAAAAUGGUUUUAGUUGACACCAUUGUUAGGUUUCUUAAAGCCCCCAUGAGGAGUUUUAGGGUGUUUAUGAAAUUGACUGAAAUUUAUAUUGAUGCUUUUUUAUGAUGAACAAAAGCACAUCAGAUCAUCAGCGAGUGACCAUUUGUAUUUAGUCUUUUUUAAUGUCCAGGACCAGUGCAGUGAGGUAGGUGAGAGUUAACGGCUAAAACCCAUAGGAUGGCACGGCAGGCGUACCAAACACGCAAGCAUUAUAAUCAAUGUGUGUCAUUCCACACAAUCCGUCCACUGUCCAGCUCCACUGUGGAUCGGCUCUGGUGGCCUCUAUUUUUGCCAGAUGGCGCAUCAAAUCAGUGCAGCGCAGCACGAGCAGCAGUGGAAGUUGUAUGUGGCUACAGAGUAAAAUAUCCGGUUGAUUUUCAAAAUAAAAUAAAAUCAAAACGUUGAACUGUUCUUCACUUGAUAAUAGGAGAGGCCAGGGUUGAAGGAUGUGUGUGCUUACAUACACAGCCAUUUAUAUACUCCGAUCAGCGGAUCUCAUUCAAUGUCUCACAGGGAAACAUGCGAGAUCUAGUGAGAUUUUGUCCAGUCUCGUGAGAAAUAUUAGUAAUCUCGUAACCGCUUCUCUUCCAAUGUCGGCGGCGGAUUGGAUCCGGUGGGCACUGUAUGCUUGCGCAUUUGAUCCACCUGCUGGUCUGGAGUGGAGCCAUUCCAGAUCCGGUGGGAUUCUGGGGUUGAGUAGUUAAGGAAACAGCCAUGUUUUUUUUUAAAUUUCAACAUAAAGAUUUCUUAAACAAUGGUAAAGCCGACUGUCAAAAUCAGCAGAAUAAUUUUUCUGUCAGUAGGCACUUUUUAAGCAUCUCAAGGACAAGAUGAGCAAAGACUGCUCUGUCUACAGGGAGCGCCAGAAUUGACACAAACAGAAAAUUCCCCACAGGAGCUUUACUCACUCCUGUUUGUGUUAAAAUGAUAUCAACUUUUAUUCCUUCAAAACAGAAAACACAACAACAAAGUGUAAUAUGAAGAGAAUCUGUAAAUCUGGAUAGUAAAAUCUAUUUAUAUGGAUCUCUUAUUAUCUAGCAAAGUGGAUAAUAAAGCAGAGGAAAUAAGUCAUAAAGAUAAGUAAGCUAUAAACAUGUCACCAGAUCGGUAUCAUGAUUGUCAGCAGCAAUAUAUAAAGAUGCCAUAAAGUAUUGUGGAUUAUAAAACAGUUUUAAGUGGAUUUUUAACAGCAACUGAAGCAGGAACUUUUUUAAAGAAUAUUUAAGUUGUUGAUUGUUUUUGUUUUAUUUGAGGCUGGCAUGGUUCUUGAGUCAAGAAGUAUCUUGUCAUGCCCUUUUAUUUAAGCGUUAAGUGAACUUUUGCUGGAAGAAAUGGUCAUUUAUCUCUUUGGCUGCAGGUAAGCUGAUUAUUUAACAACACCCAGUUAUAGGGAAUAUUUCCAUCAGUAUUAAACUCCCUCACUCUGUGCAUCAAUCUCCGUGCCCCUCUAACUACUCAGUUAUUAAACAGGAUUGUUGCCUUAAGAGACCAAUCCUGAACAAAUUCAUGUGUUUUAUAUGAUAUUCAUAUAAAAUGAAUACAAGUUGGAGUCGUAUUUCGUGAAGUUAAUUAACUUUUCUUAUCAAAUGGUUGGUUUAAAUUUCAGCAGUUUCUUUGGAUCCGAGUGCUGUUAAUGACCGCUGCUUGUGGGCCCAUAAUUUACAGAGGAGUAAAUAAGAGUAUUUACUCAAAUACCAUUUUAAAAGCAGAAGUAAACAUUAAUAUGCUGGUAUUCACGCUAAAAAGGCAAGUGUGGGCUGCAAUGAUUUUACUUUUUGUUGAAAAGAUGAAGUUAAAAUCUCUCACUCUUUGACAGAGCAGUGUAGGAAAAGAAUUACACUCAGGAAGAUGCAGCAGAAACAGAAAUGUCGAACAUUUACAGAGAAAGAAUUGAUUGCAUUUUCUUUUAUCUACAACCUUUCAUUUCUAUUAGCCUGCUUCAACCUUUUUAUCAACAUAAAUUAAUUAUUUUCAUUAUUUGAAUUUUUGUUUGAUCUGUAUCAUGUAAAUAUUAUUAGAAGGCAAAAAAAAAAAGAUAGACAUAAGGUUUAAAGUAAGGGAUGAUGAAACAGUUAAAACCUGAUAAAGAGAAUAAAGAGACUCCAGUAAACAUAUACGAUAUGGCUGUAGUUCAGAGCUUGCCCAAGCUUAGGGCCCCGCAGCCAAUAGGAGGCCCCCAUGAGCUAUUUAUAAAUAUAUAUAUAUAUAUAUAUAUAUAUAUAUAUAUAUAUAUAUAUAUAUAUACAUACUGUAUAUAUGUUAUUUUUGCAAGUAUGAGUGAUGCUUUCUGUACGAUCAAAUAUAUAUUAUUGUAAAAUAAAAUAAAAUAAAAACAUUUAAGUGUUGCUGCUAAUAUAAGCCUAUGAUUCUUACUGUCGAUAUGUCAAAGCUCUGCUACCAUUAUGUGCUUUACAUUUUGAAUUUAAAAUCUGUAUAUGGCACCCUGAACAUCAUUCAUCAGUCAUUCAUUGGUAUUAUUUGUAUGGUUGCAUUGGCAUUAACUAGGCCACCCCCUUAAUGUGUAAAGACAUGUCAGGUGCAUUAAAUUUAUACUGUUGUAGGUGUGUGAAUGAUCAGCAAUCAAUAUUAUUGGCAGAAAUAGAGGGCCCCAAAAUCAAAUUUUGCUUAGGGCCCCAUUGAGGCUUGGGCCAGCUCUGCUGUAGCUACUUAAUCUAUCAUCAUAAAAUGCUUUAUGGCAACCACGCCUGUGUUCAGGGUCUACAACUGAAUACUCCUUUAAUAAGUUGUAGACUAUGCAUGCCACUGGUAGAUCUCUGAAUUGUUGGAGUCAUAAGCAGUAUUUUCAGUAAACAAAAUGUCUUAAUUCUGUAUAGAUUUCUAAAUUUCUUUCCAAAUAAAACUGCAAAGAAAUUGAAGUUUUUUUUUUUUCUCAUAGAGUGCAACAAGCUGCUUCUCAGAGGGAGGCGCGGCCAGAGAGGAAAAGGAAAAUAUGAAUUAUGAUCCGCCCCCUGAGCAGCACAGCACAGCACAGACGGACUGACACCUCGAGGAAUCCUUCAGGAUAUCCACUGAGGAAAAAGAGGACACAGACAUGCGCUGGAAAAGUGAAGUUAAUGUAGAGUGUUGCAUUGUCAGCGAGGACGGGACCGGCUCUGUGUUGUCCAACGAUGAGGUAAGGUAACACUUCCAGGCAGGCGGACAGGCUAUAGACUUUUUUCUUCUUCUUCUUCUUCUUCCAGCAGGUUGUGGUGUGAGUCGGCGAAGGGAUUAAAUACUCGUAGUAAUUGCUUUGCCAAUUAAAUCAAAGUGGGCUUCAGUCUGUCAUUAAAGCUGGCCUUCAACGCGCUGACAGCUCAGUAUUUUCACAAUUUGAAGAAAUGUCGAAGAAAAUUACCCCUCCCUGAAUUCUGCAAUUAAAACUCAAGUAGUUAAUGAGACCUCUUCACCUUUUGCUUGUCCCGGUUAGACGUUUGUGGCGAACUUAGCGUUUUUAAUUGCUGUUAUUAAAAAAAUCAAUCCCCCUUCUCUCCCUGAGACCUCGCGCUGUGCUUUUUGAUUGACACCUGAAAUUGGCGUGUUGGGGUUUUAACCGCGGCACGCGCGCGCUCGCGAGCCGCCGAAUCCCCCAAAUGCAGAUCUGAAGAACAUAAUGCACAUAAGGAUAAGUAUUAGCUCGAGUGUUGUCUGUUUUUGUAAGUAAUGACUAUCCUUCUCUUUUAAAUGUCAUUUUGGAAAUCGUCGACGUUGUCAUGGUGAAAGGUGAAAGGCAUGAUAUUUAUGGGAAGGGGCAGGGGGCAUUUAAGGCAGCUGCUGUAGUCUGACGGAGAGACCUCCUCUUCCCGCCACAGCUUCUCGUCAUGUGCGAAGACUGCAAAGGAGAAGAGGAGCUGCUGGGCAAGUGCGCUGAAGACAGGAGGGACAUCAUGGUAGGAGGACAGAGGUGUUCGAGCCUCAAACUUUCUCUUCAAGUUUAUAGUUUUAGGAGAAAACUUCAAACUCUGUUAGCCAACUCCAUCUUCUUCAAACUAGAGGAAGAGUCAGUGUGGGGGCUCUACUCUUUACUCCAUCAUGCGCGAGACAUUUUAACGGUCAAAUUUGAAAAACAACAACAGCUCAGUUUGAUUCAACGGCUGCCAAUAUCCAGACUGAUACUAUUUUCGGUAUCAUUCUAGUUGUUUCUUUGACAGUAUAACUCCAGCUGGGAAAUUCUCUAAAAUAUUCGAGAAAUAUUUGAGAAAUACAGAUUUUUUUCCCCUUUCGUUUUAUGUUGAAUACUGUCAUGAGCAGGUGAACUGAGUUCUACCAUGUUAUGUAAGCACAUGUUUGAUGCUGCUGCUGCAGGUAUGUGGGUAAUUUUCUAACCACAGGUCUGAUGCCUUUAGGGUGCUCCGGUGGAAGUUUUGGAUGAAGACGCGUCUUCUCUACAGACCAUGACAUCUGUACCUCUGCUGGGCAGGGCCGUGUGCGCGAGCUGCAACGAGGAGAUAGUGGAUAAAUAUCUAUUAAAGGUUUGGAGAGUUUUUUUUUUCUAAAUAUGCAGUUAUUUUCGAUUAUUUUAUGUUUUGCUUACAGUGAAACUGCUUCCUUUGAUUAACUCAAACUUCAAUUAUCUCGUCUCUACUUCAGGUAAACGACCUGUGCUGGCACGUGCGCUGUCUGUCCUGCAGCGUGUGCCAGGCGUCACUUGGCAGCAGCACGAGCUGUUACAUCAAAGAAAAAGAGGUUUUCUGUAAACUGGAUUACUUUCGGUAUGUGUGUGUCAGUUAUUGCUACGAGACUACUUAAACUGACUCAUUAUUAACCGCUUCAAAUGACCUUUAUUUUAUAAAUCAGUAGUAGUAGGGGAGAGUGGGGUAAGCUGAGCCAACCCCUGUUGAUUGGAAAUGGUGAAAAAAAUUGAUCAUGUGACCAACUAUUUAGGUGAAAGUGAGUUUAGUCUGUCAUAAGUUUUAUUAGAAUUGCGUUCAGACCAAAAAAGAUCAUUUUAAAUUUGUUUUAUACACUAAUUGUGGUAUCUAUGAGCUACAACAUGAGGUCAAAAACCUAGUAUAAAAGUCUACUAUUUUAGCUUAGAGGACUAAUAAAAUCAGAAUAGUAGUUCUGGGGUAAGUUGAACCAAUCUAAGAAAGUAAAAGGAGUCUGAUGAGAGGAUCAGAGUUUCAGUUCAGAUUGUUGAAAUGUGUUACUUUUUCUUUUCAAAAAUACAGCUGUGAAUGUUCUGAAUCUCAUGUUAAAAUGGCUUUUUACAAAACAGCUUUUUAACUGUUAUACGCAAUAAUAAUAAAAUUAAUUAUUGUACCAGUUGAAUAGUGUAUAAUAGAUAAAAAUACACAUGAAUGUGAAGAAGUGACUGAUAUUUAGGGAGAGAGAAGGUGAGGGAGGGCUGGGGUGGCUCAACUUACCCCGCUCCUGUGGUCAACUUACCCCAUACACGGGGUAAGUUGACCAUAGGAGACCACUUUUUUUUAGCAUACUAUAUUAUCAAGACAUUUAUGUUUACACUCAUUCUGUUGGUUUGUACAACAUCUUGAAAUAUAUGCAGAUACACUAGUUAGAGACAAAACUAUGAUUGCCCUGAUGUAGUGAUCCGAAAUAUGAAAAAUGGCUCAUCUUACCCCACUCUCCCCUAAUGAAGAAAUUAACGAAAUACCGUUAGUAAUAACUGAUUUGUUCAAAAAAAUUUGUUUGAUUAGCCUCUAAAAUUAUUUGAGUGCCAAAAAAUGCGCAUUAUUAAUAGUCGAAAUUAUAGAUAGAGAGAAAGAUGCAAAAAAAUUGCACAUUUAAAUACCCCUUUGUAGCAUAAUGGAGAGUCUGAUUCGCUCCCCUGACCUCCACCCGCAGAAGAUACGGCACCUGGUGCGCGUGCUGCGGCCGGAACAUCCACUCCACGGACUGGGUGCGCCGGGCCAAAGGAAACGUGUAUCAUUUGGCCUGCUUCGCCUGUUUCUCCUGCAAGCGGCAGCUGUCCACCGGAGAGGAGUUCGCUCUAGUGGAGGAGAAGGUGCUCUGCAGGGUCCACUACGACUGCAUGCUGGACAACCUGAAGCGGGCUGUGGAGAAAGGUGAGUCCCGGGUGAACCAAUGGAGGAAAAAAUCGGGAGGGACGGAAAAUCGUUUCUAUAGACCAAAAGGAUUAAACUAAAAAAAAAUGCUCCUUUUACUUCAGUGGAGUACAGCUCAGACGAAAUAUGAUGUUAGUCUCCCGUUCUUGUUCAAAAAUCGGACACUUGAAGGAAGAGAAAUCUUUCAAUGUUUUCAGUCAAACGUGUUUAUUAUUAGAUGGUUAAUUGUAGCAUGUGUAUGUAGCAUAUUUAAUACAGCGUAUUUGUAGCCCUUUAAUGCCUGAAACCACAAACUAUAGCCAGAAAAUCCAAAUUUUUUUUGGAGCGGAAAUGUUUAUUUCACUUACUGCUGAAAACAAAAAAAAACAAAAAACAAAAUGUCCUUAAAAUUUAAAAAAUAUAUUUAUUUAUCUUGUUUGAUAUAUUAGAUGUUUUCUGUAAAGUGAUAAACUACAAGAGGACAUUUUUAUCAUUUAUCAGACUGUAUUCAGGUGUUUUUUUUUUAGUAAUUUGUUGAUCAUAUUGAUUUGAUAGAAGUUUAUAAAAGCAUGUAUCAAAUAUGAUACAAAAGGCAUUAAAGGGUUAAAAAUAAUACAAUAUUUCAAUUAGAAUAUGUGUUAAUGUAGUGAUCUGCUCUUGUCUUAGGAAACAGUGUUAACAUGGAGGGGGCAGUGCCCACUGAACAGGAGAUCAACCAGCCGAAGCCCUCCAAGAGAGCGCGGACCAGCUUCACCGCCGACCAGCUGCAGGUUCACCUCUAUAUAUAGACCCACUGAUAGAUGAAUGAUUUAUUAUUAUUAUGCAGGAAUAUUUAAAAGAAAAAAACAACCAAAGGCAUCGGCAUCUUCCUUUGAAAUGCAUUUAAUGUGACUUUGACUAUUCAAAAAGGAGGUAAAGGAGAUAAAGAUGUGACUUUGAAUAUUUGCUCUCUGUGAACAGUUGCAUGUUAAGGAUAGUAAUAUAGCAACAAGUUAACUAUUUUGUUAACAAGGGAAUGGCAAUAUAGGAUUAAAAAUGAAAAAAAAAAGUGUUAAUUUAUGUAAAUGAUUCUAUAUAGAACAGAUGUAUCAGAUAUUUAGAUUAAACUUUAACCCUAAUGAAAAUAAUAAAUUAAUCAUUGUACUCAGAUUAUCUGAAUUUUCUAUUUAAAGUCUGAAUACAUCAACAACCCUAGAGCCAGAAAUGCUUAUAUUUUCUUUUUUUUUCUCAAAAAACAAGAUGCUGCAUCUCAAGGGGCUUUCCUAAAUAAAUUGAAAUUGAAAAUUAUCUGAAUUUUAUCUACAUUAAUCACUGGAUUUGUGUUCAAAUGCAGGCUGUUAUAAUCAGCAGUGUCAUGCAUUCUGAUUUGAUGAACUUUUUAUUGAUCUCAUUUCCUUCUGACAGGUGAUGCAGGCUCAGUUUGCUCAGGACAACAAUCCAGAUGCUCAGACUCUGCAGAAACUGGCUGAGCAGACGGGCCUCAGCCGAAGAGUCAUUCAGGUUAGUGAGUGACUGAUGCAAGAUGGGAGCCUGGAUAAAGUGAAAUACUGUACACUGAAAAGAGACCUUUAGCUGCUAUUAGAUGUGUGAGUUAGCGUCAUGCACAUGUGCUACUACCAACAAAAAGUACCUACAUGUAGAUUAUUUAUUUUUAACCAAGUCUUUUUUAAAAUUGAUCUACUACUUUUAUUAUUGCACAUUUGAAUAAGAUUGCUCAGUACAGUGAAGCUGAAUGUUCAUGGAGGUUUCUUUUGUUUUGGUGUUCAUAUGUUAAAGUCCAUUUAAAUGAUCAAAGCAGCUAUAAGCAAUUCAUUUUAGAUGCAUUUGUGGUCAUAUCUAUAGAAAUUCUCUUUAAUCCUAUCAGAGAUUGACUGAUCCUCAAGUAAUUCUGAUCAAAUAAACAAAUUUAAUUUAAAAAAAAAAAUGAAAAGAUGCAGUGUUUCUACACUUUUUCUGAAGCUUCCUAUAACAGCUUUAACGACAAAAUAAAUCAAGUAUGUAGCCCUUAAUUCUAAUGUUAAAAUUGUGCAUAUAAAAUGGCCCAAAAGUCAGUUAUCUCAAUGUGAAAAAGGUUCUGCUUUUGCUUAGUUUCCAUUGCUGUCUCAUGCAGUGAAUGGGAGAACUAAACCAAGCCCUGACUAUGUUAUCAUUAACCCUUUACAAAGAAACACACUUUGGAGGCAGACAAAGUACAUCUGUCCUGUCUAGAACUUUCAGGGGAAUAAAUGUGCACACACAGUAAAUUAUAUUUGAAGUAAGAUCAAUAGUACUGCAUAAUGCCGCAAAGACAGAGGGAUUUCAUUCUGUAGUCUACGGGUAAAUGCAGCAAAGUCAGAGCUCAGCUUUAAAUGGAUGGCUGUGAAAUCUCAUUACUAACUAUAAACAUGACAGCAGAAUUUGGCUUUAUUAUUGUGGAAAGACAGUGUGGUAAAUUGAUGUCUUGCUGUUUUAGCCUGACUAUGUCUCUUAAAAGAAUGACUCAUUCAAGUUUUGAGUUCCCAAACAUCAUCAAUGCGGCACUAAAUGUGAAUAGAAUUGUACUCACAUCUUCACAAUAAGAAAAUAAAACCCUACAUAAAUAGAUCGCUGUUUCUGAGUUUGCUCUUGACCCCCACGGUACAUACUGACUCAAAGGUGUUUGUCCCGUCGCUCCAGGUGUGGUUCCAGAAUUGUCGAGCCCGCCAUAAGAAGCAUGUUAGCCCCAACCACAGUUCCAGCACCCCCAUGACCUCAUUGCAGCCCAGCCGCCUAUCCCAACCCACUCCAACCCCCGAAGAGCUGCAGUACACCGCGUACGGAGGCCCAGAGGGGUCAAUGCUUUCUGCACUGCACUCCUUCAUAGACAGUAAGCGAGAGUAUUUAUUUAUUUAUCUCUAAUAUGUUGAGCAUAUUUAGCUACUGAACCUCAUUUUUGGCUAAAAAUUUCAUCAGUUUAACAAUAUCAGGCUAGAAAAUUAACCUUAGAAACAGAUUUAAAGGUUGUUCAAAAUGAAGGACUUGAUCUUAACACUGUUGUAAUCCGCAACAACCUAAAUCAAACAACAUUUAAUUUUAUAUUUCAAAAGAGGGAAAUAUUUUUGUAUCUUAUAACUUUUGCUCUGUGUUCCUGCAGUACAUUCCCCACAAUCCAUGUUUCAACCACUGCUGCCAGCCCACGCCAUGACCUCCCUGCCUGUCUCUCACACUUGAGCUGCUCCGACACACACACACACUCCUUCACCAGCGAUCAUCCGACAGUAGCAGCUGCAGUGCUCAGAUCCCCGUGCUUAAUAUAAUUUUAUCUGAAGUGAACCAUCAAACCUUCCUUUCUUGAAACUGCCAGUAUUUCAUUACACGUGGAUAUUCUUUGAAAAUUCUUCUCUUGACUAUAAAUGACAGUCCUUUAAUGUACUGUACUGUGGAAAUUGAAAGGUUUCUGUGUACCUCAUAGGAUUGUGACACCUGCCAUUAUAGAUUUGUUUGUGUAGUUGGUGACACUGUUUGACUGUGCUACUUCUAAGUGAAAGCCAACAAGACCCCAGAUGUUGAUUUACUAUGAAGGUGACUUGAAAUUGUUUGUAUAGCAGUGUUUGAUAUUUUCAAUUUCAUUUAUUUAUUGUAUGUGACGUCUGUUUUGGAAAUAAAUGUCUAAUUUCACAAA